UAAUUCUGUCUUAAACUUUGGCGCCUUUUGCAAGUAGGAACAUGGCGGUAGGUCACAUUAUCACAACUCCACAUAAAAUGCUAGGUGCUGUCGCAAGCGUCCGUCGUCUGGAUCAGGGGCUCCGAGCCUGUCCGAGCCAGUCUGGAUACGUUUGAGCUGUGUUCGCGUUGUUCUCUCGCGUAGGUAUAGAAUAACCUUAGCUCAAGCAAAAGAAAAAAAAAACAACACUCCGACACCAAGCCGAGCUUGAGCCUACGCGUAUUGUUUCAUCGGUAAUUUUUCCUCGCUGUUUCGCGCGCACAAAUAUUGCCGGAAUCUCGAACCAGACGCCAAGACGCCCGCCGUACGCGAGGUGCCUCACGAGAUACGAUUUCGAAUUCGAAUAUUUUCGCAAAUGCGUCUUCCAUCGCUUCCCUCGCUUCUUCAGCUUUGACGCGCAAAGCGGUGCUCGAUCUGGCGACGUGAGGAUGUGUCUCGGGCUUAAUUAUCGUUCGCGAGUUCGCUAGCCUUAUCACGCGGAGAUAACCUCAUUAUUCCGUAUUGAUAUUGCACAUUCGGAUGUAUACACAUGUUUUGAUAGCAAUGAGCGAAGAAGCCAAUGUAGAUGAAACCAAUGAAUCCUAUUUGAGCUAUUGUGAUAUAAAUGGCACGAGAUAUAUUUACCAACUCACGCCGUCUCCGACGGACAUUGUGAAAGACUCAGCAGCAAUUGAAGAGCAAGACACAGUCGACACUGUAAAAGGAACAGAAUUAAGCAAUGGAGAAGAACCGAUUUCGUUAGUGUGUUUAAAUGGACAGGUAUACGCGAUUAGGAAUGAAGCGAUUGAAGGGUGGGAUAUUGAUCAGCCUGCUGAACCUGACUAUGAAAAUGCACUCUUGAUAUCAAAGGACACAGAGAACAAUGAAAACGGUUACAUUACUAAUGAAAGUAUGGUAAUUGAAAGUCCAUAUGAGCAACCUGAAGAGCAAUACGAAAAUGCGACAGAGGAAACGGGGAAGGAACUGGAAGACGACAACAUCAACCUGGACGAUCUCUUUGAAGUUGUGACUGCUUUCAAAUGCAAGAUGUGUCCCUACUUGUCUCAGGAUAAGAUGCAGUUAUUAGGUCACAUUCAAAAGCUACAUUUAAACUCUACUGUGGACAUCGAACCAAAGGAAGAAUCUAAAGUCGCGGAUGAAGUAAGAAUAGUUUAUAUGUGUACGGAGUGUUCCAACUGCUUCCACUCUUUUGAGGACUGUAGGGAACACGUGAUUAACGAUCAUCAGAUGACGGACAUUGCGAGUGAUGAGGCUGGUAAAGAAAAUUUGACAGGCCUGAUGAAUCCUGGCCCUAUAACCGAACAUGGGGAUCAACAUACUGAGAGCAGCGAAGAAAAGAGUUCAGUAAAAAUUUCAAAGACUUUAAAUUCGGAAUAUAUGCGUAAUAGAAAGAUGAUAGAAUCAGCAGAAAGAAAUGUAAAGUGUUCUUAUCAAAAUUGCCCAUACAAAUUCGUUUCGGAAGAAAUUAUGCAGCAACAUGUUCUUUGCCAUAUGAAUUCUGAAUCUGAGAUUGCAAUGAAAUUCAAAUGCACAGUAUGCCGAGACAUGAAGUUUACGAAAUGGCGCCAAUGUAGCUUGCAUUUAUGGAAAAAGCACCAAAUCGAUAUAGAUUUGUUCACCUGCAAAAUUUGUGAAGCCUACAAAAGCGCUACCGUAGUGAAACUCUUGACGCACAUGAGGGUGCACAGCGAUAGUCGUGACUUCAAAUGCCCCGAGUGCGGUAAAUGUUUUAAACAAGCUAGCCAAUUACGUAAUCAUCGUAUAAUGCAUUUAGAUCGCAAAACGUUAGCGGAAGGAACUCGUUGGUACUCUUCUAAGAAAUGUGACAUGUGCGGCAAGACUUAUGCGAACUCGAAAUGCUUGAAGAAUCACAUUCAAGCCGUGCACUCCAAACUACGUCCAUACGUUUGUAACGUUUGCGGUCAUGCUAGCGCCAGAAAGGCGAUGCUGCAAAUGCAUUUACGUCAGCAUACUGGAGAUAAGCCCUUCAGCUGCGAACUUUGCGACUACAAAACUGGAGAUCACAAUACCUUACGAAGGCAUAUUAUGCAACACACGGGAUUUCGACCCUACAAGUGUCCACAUUGCCCGUAUACCGCGAUACAGAGCAGCAGUUAUAAAAAUCAUUUAAAAGCGAAACAUCCCUUACAAUCUGGCUUAUUUACAUGUGAUCUAUGUCCUUUUAAAACGGUAAAAAAUGAAAGUUAUAUCCAACACUUAGGAGACCAUGAAAAGGGUUUAAUAAAAUCUAAUGUGCAGAAAAAGGAUAACGAGAAUGUUGAAGUUUUUCCCGGCAACAUUGCGGCAGCGCAAUUAGUUUAUAGCUGUUUAGGUGCCUUUUCGAAAGAUGGGGAUACGUUGGAAGCUAAUUUGAUGUCUUCUUCAACGUCCGCUGACGGUACUUCUCAAACAAUCACGAUACAAAUACCAUCGAAACAUCUUCAGGGUUCAUUAUCAAGAGACAGUUUCAACAAAAAUGAUUCUACCAUUGAGCAAGAGGAUGACGAAACGAUGCAUUGCUUUUUAAAAAUUCCUAGAGAAGAGGAAGAAAGUAUAGACACUGGUGGUAUAACAAUACCUGCAGAGCCUGAAGAAAGAAAUAUUGGAACAAUCGAUAUUGAAGAGACAAAUAUAACAGCUAGUGAUAUUGAAGACACGAACGUAACAAAUAUUGAUGUUGAUUCAUGAAAUUACGCAACAUAAAAUAAUAUCGAAAUGAAAAUGUCCUCCAGUAUGUUCAAGCAUGAUGACACAAUUGUACAUAGUGAAACGAAUAAAGAAAAGCUAGUCAUAUGUUAUUUAAUAAUUAUUGUGCUUUUUUUCAAUAAAAUGAUAAAACUAUCUUAAUGGAAAUUUAUUGUGAUAUUUUUUGGAGAUGUACAACUGUUAUGGAAACAAUUUUGUAUUUGAAUUCAGAAAUAUUGCUAAACUUGAUUUAAAAUAAAUUGUUAAAGAAU